UCAGGUGUUCCAGCUCCAGUCACUACUGUUGUAUCCUCUGGUAGCCACACCGAAACUGAUGUCAUCUCUUUCUACACCACUACCGACUCUGAAGGUGAAGUCGUUACCACUUCUACCACCUACCCAGUCACCUCAUCAGGUGUUCCAGCUCCAGUCACUACUGUUGUAUCCUCUGGUAGCCACACCGAAACCGAUGUCAUCUCUUUCUACACCACUACCGACUCUGAAGGUGAAGUCGUUACCACUUCUACCACCUACCCAGUCACCUCAUCAGGUGUUCCAGCUCCAGUCACUACUGUUGUAUCCUCUGGUAGCUACACCGAAACCGACGUCAUCUCUUUCUACACCACUACCGACUCUGAAGGUGAAGUCGUUACCACUUCUACCACCUACCCAGUCACCUCAUCAGGUGUUCCAGCUCCAGUCACUACUGUUGUAUCCUCUGGUAGCCACACCGAAACCGACGUCAUCUCUUUCUACACCACUACCGACUCUGAAGGUGAAGUCGUUACCACUUCUACCACCUACCCAGUCACCUCUUCUGGUGUUCCAGCUCCAGUCACUACUGUUGUAUCCUCUGGUAGCCACACCGAAACCGAUGUCAUCUCUUUCUACACCACUACCGACUCUGAAGGUGAAGUCGUUACCACUUCUACCACCUACCCAGUCACCUCAUCAGGUGUUCCAGCUCCAGUCACUACUGUUGUAUCCUCUGGUAGCCACACCGAAACCGACGUCAUCUCUUUCUACACCACUACCGACUCUGAAGGUGAAGUCGUUACCACUUCUACCACCUACCCAGUCACCUCUUCUGGUGUUCCAGCUCCAGUCACUACUGUUGUAUCCUCUGGUAGCCACACCGAAACCGACGUCAUCUCUUUCUACACCACUACCGACUCUGAAGGUGAAGUCGUUACCACUUCUACCACCUACCCAGUCACCUCUUCUGGUGUUCCAGCUCCAGUCACUACAGUUGUAUCCUCUGGUAGCCACACCGAAACCGAUGUCAUCUCUUUCUACACCACUACCGACUCUGAAGGUGAAGUCGUUACCACUUCUACCACCUACCCAGUCACCUCUUCUGGUGUUCCAGCUCCAGUCACUACUGUUGUAUCCUCUGGUAGCCACACCGAAACCGAUGUCAUCUCUUUCUACACCACUACCGACUCUGAAGGUGAAGUCGUUACCACUUCUACCACCUACCCAGUCACCUCAUCAGGUGUUCCAGCUCCAGUCACUACUGUUGUAUCCUCUGGUAGCCACACCGAAACCGAUGUCAUCUCUUUCUACACCACUACCGACUCUGAAGGUGAAGUCGUUACCACUUCUACCACCUACCCAGUCACCUCUUCUGGUGUUCCAGCUCCAGUCACUACUGUUGUAUCCUCUGGUAGCCACACCGAAACCGACGUCAUCUCUUUCUACACCACUACCGACUCUGAAGGUGAAGUCGUUACCACUUCUACCACCUACCCAGUCACCUCAUCAGGUGUUCCAGCUCCAGUCACUACUGUUGUAUCCUCUGGUAGCCACACCGAAACCGACGUCAUCUCUUUCUACACCACUACCGACUCUGAAGGUGAAGUCGUUACCACUUCUACCACCUACCCAGUCACCUCUUCUGGUGUUCCAGCUCCAGUCACUACAGUUGUAUCCUCUGGUAGCCACACCGAAACCGAUGUCAUCUCUUUCUACACCACUACCGACUCUGAAGGUGAAGUCGUUACCACUUCUACCACCUACCCAGUCACCUCUUCUGGUGUUCCAGCUCCAGUCACUACUGUUGUAUCCUCUGGUAGCCACACCGAAACCGAUGUCAUCUCUUUCUACACCACUACCGACUCUGAAGGUGAAGUCGUUACCACUUCUACCACCUACCCAGUCACCUCUUCUGGUGUUCCAGCUCCAGUCACUACAGUUGUAUCCUCUGGUAGCCACACCGAAACCGAUGUCAUCUCUUUCUACACCACUACCGACUCUGAAGGUGAAGUCGUUACCACUUCUACCACCUACCCAGUCACCUCAUCAGGUGUUCCAGCUCCAGUCACUACUGUUGUAUCCUCUGGUAGCCACACCGAAACCGAUGUCAUCUCUUUCUACACCACUACCGACUCUGAAGGUGAAGUCGUUACCACUUCUACCACCUACCCAGUCACCUCUUCUGGUGUUCCAGCUCCAGUCACUACUGUUGUAUCCUCUGGUAGCCACACCGAAACCGACGUCAUCUCUUUCUACACCACUACCGACUCUGAAGGUGAAGUCGUUACCACUUCUACCACCUACCCAGUCACCUCAUCAGGUGUUCCAGCUCCAGUCACUACUGUUGUAUCCUCUGGUAGCCACACCGAAACUGAUGUCAUCUCUUUCUACACCACUACCGACUCUGAAGGUGAAGUCGUUACCACUUCUACCACCUACCCAGUCACCUCUUCUGGUGUUCCAGCUCCAGUCACUACUGUCGUAUCCUCUGGUAGCCACACCGAAACCGACGUCAUCUCUUUCUACACCACUACCGACUCUGAAGGUGAAGUCGUUACCACUUCUACCACCUACCCAGUCACCUCUUCUGGUGUUCCAGCUCCAGUCACUACUGUUGUAUCCUCUGGUAGCCACACCGAAACCGAUGUCAUCUCUUUCUACACCACUACCGACUCUGAAGGUGAAGUCGUUACCACUUCUACCACCUACCCAGUCACCUCUUCUGGUGUUCCAGCUCCAGUCACUACUGUUGUAUCCUCUGGUAGCCACACCGAAACCGAUGUCAUCUCUUUCUACACCACUACCGACUCUGAAGGUGAAGUCGUUACCACUUCUACCACCUACCCAGUCACCUCAUCAGGUGUUCCAGCUCCAGUCACUACUGUUGUAUCCUCUGGUAGCCACACCGAAACUGAUGUCAUCUCUUUCUACACCACUACCGACUCUGAAGGUGAAGUCGUUACCACUUCUACCACCUACCCAGUCACCUCUUCUGGUGUUCCAGCUCCAGUCACUACUGUCGUAUCCUCUGGUAGCCACACCGAAACCGAUGUCAUCUCUUUCUACACCACUACCGACUCUGAAGGUGAAGUCGUUACCACUUCUACCACCUACCCAGUCACCUCUUCUGGUGUUCCAGCUCCAGUCACUACAGUUGUAUCCUCUGGUAGCCACACCGAAACCGAUGUCAUCUCUUUCUACACCACUACCGACUCUGAAGGUGAAGUCGUUACCACUUCUACCACCUACCCAGUCACCUCAUCAGGUGUUCCAGCUCCAGUCACUACUGUUGUAUCCUCUGGUAGCCACACCGAAACCGAUGUCAUCUCUUUCUACACCACUACCGACUCUGAAGGUGAAGUCGUUACCACUUCUACCACCUACCCAGUCACCUCAUCAGGUGUUCCAGCUCCAGUCACUACUGUUGUAUCCUCUGGUAGCCACACCGAAACCGAUGUCAUCUCUUUCUACACCACUACCGACUCUGAAGGUGAAGUCGUUACCACUUCUACCACCUACCCAGUCACCUCUUCUGGUGUUCCAGCUCCAGUCACUACUGUUGUAUCCUCUGGUAGCCACACCGAAACCGACGUCAUCUCUUUCUACACCACUACCGACUCUGAAGGUGAAGUCGUUACCACUUCUACCACCUACCCAGUCACCUCAUCAGGUGUUCCAGCUCCAGUCACUACUGUUGUAUCCUCUGGUAGCCACACCGAAACCGACGUCAUCUCUUUCUACACCACUACCGACUCUGAAGGUGAAGUCGUUACCACUUCUACCACCUACCCAGUCACCUCUUCUGGUGUUCCAGCUCCAGUCACUACUGUUGUAUCCUCUGGUAGCCACACCGAAACCGAUGUCAUCUCUUUCUACACCACUACCGACUCUGAAGGUGAAGUCGUUACCACUUCUACCACCUACCCAGUCACCUCAUCAGGUGUUCCAGCUCCAGUCACUACUGUUGUAUCCUCUGGUAGCCACACCGAAACCGAUGUCAUCUCUUUCUACACCACUACCGACUCUGAAGGUGAAGUCGUUACCACUUCUACCACCUACCCAGUCACCUCUUCUGGUGUUCCAGCUCCAGUCACUACAGUUGUAUCCUCUGGUAGCCACACCGAAACCGAUGUCAUCUCUUUCUACACCACUACCGACUCUGAAGGUGAAGUCGUUACCACUUCUACCACCUACCCAGUCACCUCAUCAGGUGUUCCAGCUCCAGUCACUACAGUUGUAUCCUCUGGUAGCCACACCGAAACCGAUGUCAUCUCUUUCUACACCACUACCGACUCUGAAGGUGAAGUCGUUACCACUUCUACCACCUACCCAGUCACCUCAUCAGGUGUUCCAGCUCCAGUCACUACUGUUGUAUCCUCUGGUAGCCACACCGAAACCGAUGUCAUCUCUUUCUACACCACUACCGACUCUGAAGGUGAAGUCGUUACCACUUCUACCACCUACCCAGUCACCUCUUCUGGUGUUCCAGCUCCAGUCACUACUGUUGUAUCCUCUGGUAGCCACACCGAAACCGACGUCAUCUCUUUCUACACCACUACCGACUCUGAAGGUGAAGUCGUUACCACUUCUACCACCUACCCAGUCACCUCAUCAGGUGUUCCAGCUCCAGUCACUACUGUUGUAUCCUCUGGUAGCCACACCGAAACCGACGUCAUCUCUUUCUACACCACUACCGACUCUGAAGGUGAAGUCGUUACCACUUCUACCACCUACCCAGUCACCUCAUCAGGUGUUCCAGCUCCAGUCACUACAGUUGUAUCCUCUGGUAGCCACACCGAAACCGAUGUCAUCUCUUUUACACCA